CCCAGUCAUUUCAAGGGUAAAACCAGGGAGCAAAAUCUAUACACAUCCACUCGCUUUGAAAUUCGAAUAUUGAAAAAUAAGAACUCUACGGUUGUUGACACAGUGCAAGUUUAAGUUCUGAAUGUAAUUUCGGUUAUAAGUAUACGCAAUGGAAUCCAAACAAGACGUACCCUUAGUUGAAGAACAAAAUCAACAACUUAUAGAUUCACAGAUGAAUGGUAGUGAAUCGAAUGUUUUCGCUUCCAAUGACACUGGUAAUACAGAUGGCAAUGCACAAGACAUACUCUCAGUUGAAGGUCAAAAUCAACAAACUGUAGAGUCACAGAUGAACGGCACUGAAUCUAAUAUUCCCGCUUCUAAUGACACUGGUAAUGCAGAUGAUAAAACACUUUUCGUUGGAGGUAUGCAUUUUCAAACCGGAUAUGAGGACCUGAGACAACAUUUUGAACAAUAUGGCGAUAUCAAAGAGAUAAAAAUCAAUAUGGACCCUAUUACUGGACGGUCGAGAGGUUUCGGAUUCAUCGUUUUCAAAUCAGCAGGAGCGUUGAGCAAAAUCGAAGCGGCAGGCGCCCACGUAAUCAACGGAAAAAAGGUUGACGCACAAAAAGCCAAGAGCAGAAAAGGUAAAAUAUUCGUGGGGGGUUUAAGUGCAGAUCUCACAGACGAUGAUAUCAAGUCACAUUUUGCACAAUUUGGAACUAUAGUGGAAGUACAAAUGCUUUUCGACAAAAUGAAAAAUAGGAGAAAGGGGUUUUGUUUCAUAACAUUCGAAUCUGACAAGGUUGUUAAGGAUUUGCUACAAACUCCGAAACAAAAAAUCAAAUGGAAAGAAGUCGACAUUCGGAAGGCUCCAUUGCAAUCUGAACAAACGAGUAGUUCAACAAUGAAAUGCUGCGGACAUAUAGGCAAUAUGAGAGGAGGGAAAGAAAAUUAUGGAGGGCCGGGUUUCAAUCGAAGUUAUGGACCACAGCGUUUCAGCUAUAACAGUAUACGAGGAGUUGACAAUGCUAGAUGUGGACAUGCUAUGAGAGGACGCCAUACCUUUGAUGGUCGAGGUAAUGGCCGACCGUACCGACCGUACCAACUGUACCAACCGUAUUAGAGAAGAUAUAUGAUGAGACACUUAUGAAAUGUAUCACAAUGUUUACUAAUUAUGAAUUUGUAUGUAUAUAAAAUCAUUAAUGAAUUUUAUUUGUAAUGUA